GGAAAAUUCAGUCCAUAACAGGAUACCGUCGAGACUGGUCGGAAAAGUUGGAAAGCUCUCCGCGAAGCAGCAAAAAGGCUGGUGCAGUGAAACACUUUCCUUCUAUCCUUACAUAAUGGAUAUGACAAAAUGGAUCAAUUGAGGAGUGUUCUUUGAGUUAAAAAUAGUUGGGAAAUUUUGUUUUUAAGCUAUGAAAAGCCAGAUUGGGGACUAGCACAUUUUUUUUUAUCGGAUUUUCAGUAGAUUGGGUUUGCAAACAUUUGUUUUUGGUGCUAUUUGUGAAAUUGAAAAGUGUGAAAAAGUGAAAUUUUCCGAGCUCGUUUUCUAAGUUUGCAACUUCAAUGGAUAAUGAUGAUGAAGUGAACCUACAUUUUGGGAGAUAAUUUCAUCAUGUCCAACUCGAGAAACAGCAGAGGAGUUCCCAUCAAUUGAGCCAAUAAACGAGAUACCCAGCUGGACAAGAAAAAAACUUUCCGAAGAGGUCGAUUGUUAUCAAUCUUCCUACGCCCAAUACACCCUAAUUGAUUGUCCAUCUAAGGCUAAGAUGAAGAACGCAAGUUGGACGACACCCACUUGCUAUCACAGCCGGGAGUAAUCGGCUUUGCUAAAAACAAAGCAAAAAAGCAACAAGUAAAAUAAUUGCACCGCCCUUCUGCAAGGAAGGAAAUUGAACAAGAGUAAAUCCGUAACUUGGCUUGGCCGAAGACGCGCGCUGACGAUGGAGGCGUCCGGUAAUUGAACCUGGUUGCUUGCAAACCAUCAACAAAGAACGGCGCCUAAGAAAGAGAGCUGGACCUUUUCUCGGAAAACGGGAACAAGGAGCAGAAAACAACAACCUUCUUGGGGUAGCAACAGCAACACGGAACAACAACAGCAACAAACAACAUGGCCGAACAGCAGCAGCGGGACUCGUUGUGUCCCCGGUUGAUUGACUAUCUGGCCAUUGUGGGAGCUCGGUCGGCGGUCGUCUCUCGGCCUGGUGGCGGAGGAGGCGGCGGAAAUGGCCCUGGAGGUGCCGGUGGACAUCAUCCGGGCGGGGGAGGAGGCCCAGCGGCCCACAAUGCUCCCCCACCGGUUCAGAUCCCGGAGCUUCUACGCCGCUACCCUCCAACGGACCACACGGAUUUCCCCCUUCCGCUGGACAUGGUGUACUUCUGCCAGCCGGAAGGAUGCGUCAGUGUUGGACCACGCCGGACCGGAUCCGCCGUUCGGGAUGCAACUUCCUUCGUGUUCACCCUAACGGAUAAGGACUCGGGCAAAACGCGCUACGGUAUUUGCGUUAAUUUCUACCGACCUGUCGAAAAAUAUGUGCCCGGUGUUGGUGCCGCCGGGAAUCAGGGUAGCACCCGAAAGGGUCGGAAUUCGACUUUUAGAAGAGAAUCCUGGCGAAAGAGUAUGGAAAAGAGUUCUGAUUCGGCUUUUUCGAGUGAUUACAGAAGUAGCAACGUGGGUCCAAGUGAUUCAUCGGAUCGUGAUUGCCCGAGCCGCCGGGAUUCGGAUUCGCACCAUGGAGCGCCGCAUCAGGCUCGAUUGGGAGUGACCGGUCCAUCGGCCGAUUCCGAAUCCGGUGGCAGUCAUUCGCCUUCGCCGCGAGCCUCCCGGAAACGAUCCAAGGUUCGAAGUCACUCGCUGACUUCGUUGUGUAUCCUGUCCCAUCAUCCGUUUCUGUCCUCGUUCCGGGAGUGUUUGUACAUUUUGAAGAAACUGAUCGAUGCCUGCAACGACGCAUCGAGUCCGAAAAGAGUUGGAGCGUCCCGGCAGAGUGGCCGGGACAGUGUGUGGAGCGUACUGACCAGCCAACCGACGGAAUCUACGCCCUCGAUUGUGCUACACGACGUGAAGGAAAUUGAAACUUGGAUUUUGAGGUUGCUCUCGGCUCCGGUUCCCGUACCGGGUUCCACUAGGGUAGAGAUCGAAGCACUUUCGCCACUGAUCAUGCAGCCGUUGGUGUUUGCUUUGCCAGACCAUACCCGAUUUACGAUGGUCGAUUUUCCACUGCAUCUACCCCUGGAACUGCUCGGAGUUGACACCUGCCUCAAGGUGCUGACCUUGAUAUUGCUAGAGCAUAAGAUCAUUAUCCAAUCGCGGGACUACAACGCCCUCUCGAUGUCGGUAAUGGCCCUGGUGCAUCUGAUUUACCCCCUCGAAUAUAUGUUCCCUGUGAUCCCGAUGCUACCGACCUGUAUGGGUAGUGCCGAGCAGCUGCUGCUGGCACCGACGCCCUACAUCAUCGGCCUGCCGGCUACCUUCCUAAUGCAUAAGAGAAAUUUCAGGCUUCCAGACGAUAUAUGGCUCGUAGAUUUAGACUCCAAUCGGUUGACGGCGGCUUCCGGAGAUGCCGAACCGAUUCCACCGCUUCCAGAACCCGAAGGGACCAUCCUCAAAAACCACCUUAGACAGGCUAUGCAACUAAUGGAUCAGGCUGGAGUUGGUGCUCUAAGUUCCAUGACCACAAGCAAUCAAUCGUCGGCAUCCGUUGUCGGCGGUUCUCAACCAGGAUCUACUCGGGAAAGCUUCAGUGGACCAAAUAUCCUACCCCAGAAUAUCCCCCAGCCUUUACAAGUGCCCGGAUCAGGAAGCAAUAGCCAGCGGAGUUCGUUCUCCGGAGCGGCCGGAACGCCUCGGCAGCCCAGCCCCAUCGGGCCUCCCCCGCCCAACCCGUUUCUAUAUGGGACCGAUGUGGAUUCGGUUGACGUAGCGACUCGUGUCGCCAUGGUUCGGUUUUUCAACUCGCAGAACACCCUGGCCAAUUUUACCGAACACACGCGAACCCUUCGCCUGUAUCCGCGACCGGUAGUCGCGUUCCAGAUCAACAGUUUCCUACGUUCUAGACCUCGGGCAUCAGCAUUCCUGAACAGAUUCGCUCGAACGCAAGCCGUCGAAUGGCUAGCCGAAUGGUCUCUUACGCCAACGAACGUGGCCUUCCUUCGGGUGCAGACCGGUGUUCUUGAUCCCUCGCAGGUUGGUGAUAAACAGAAAUGGUAUGCCCAUACGUUGACGCCUAUCAAGUUCCCUGUUUGGGACGACAAUAGUUCGCUGAACGGUGCUCUCAAGGGCAUGCAACAGCUCGAAAGCCAACCGACCGACGAGAGUGGUUCGGAUUCCGAGGGUGCCGAGAGCACCAGUUCAUCGUACUCGUCGCUCAGCGAUUUCGUAUCGGAGAUACAAUCGUCGGAUCUGUCACCAAGCUUGCACGAUGUCUUCGGGAAUCAACAUCACGUGCAUGUGGCACCGAAAACUCUCUCAUCCAAUCUCGAUCCGAAGCUAGUCUACCGACCGCCGACCUCGCUACGGUACCCGGACGGCAUGAGGCCACCCCAAACGGUGACCGAUGAUGCCGACAGGCCAGACUCUCCGACCUCGACUUCUUCCAGCCGGUCGGAUCUCAGUAGCCCAAGCUUUAAUCGAGACUCGGAGUUCGAGUUCAACCCGAAGGCACGUUUGGAAGCUCAAAUCCAACCGGAACCGAUCCGACCGGAACCACAGGCCGGAAGCUUCGAAAACGAAUCGGAUUCCAAUUCGACGACAACGCCGAAGACUAUCGUGUCGAAGGAAAGCGGAGGAUCGCUGGAUACCGACAAGAGAACCAGGCUCGGCAAGAUCCCUCCUCCUCUGUCGCCCAACGUGGGUCGCCAGCAAAGUGGCGGUAACAUUCUGGCUAGAACAUCUAGUUCCGGAUCAACGGGAUCCAGUGGGCACCCUCCAUCUCUCGGUUCGGCAGGGUCCCAACGACAGAGCUCCCAGGGCUCUCUAUUUGAAGUUUUGACAUCACAAGCGAAGGAACUGGUGCGGGAAACAACUCGACAGAGCAGUCAAGAUGGCUUACUGGCCCACGUUGAUAAGUUGAAAGAACAAGCCAAGGAGCUGAAAGAGCAUGCGGAAGAGGAAAUCAAGAUCCUCGCUCCCUUGGAACAGCUAACGCUUCAAGCGAAAAAGGCUGCCGAAGAGGCCUCCAAGCAGGCUCUUGAGGCUUCGAAACAGGCCGCCGGCGUUAGCAAAAAUACCUUCGAAGAUCUCACCUACGUUGGCAAAUCCACCCUGGGAGAUCUGACGAAGACGGCCAAAGAGGCAGCUGCGAAAAAGGGAUUGCUACACCAAACGAAUCAAGGAGGAGCUUUCCCGCCUUCGCAGAAUACUUCACCCUCGGGUAGUACGGUGGCAACGACCAAUCAGUCCCUCUUCUCAACAAUCACAAGCGACUUCAACGGGAUUGCACAGUCCACCUCGAGUAUGUUCUCGGAUUUGUUCGGUAGCAAGCAGAGCAAACAGACGAUGCAGCAACAACAGUCACAGACACGAUCGGCUUCGGGUAAUCUGCAACCAAAUCAGACGCAGAUGCAGAACAAGAUCAAGGAUAAGCUGUCCUUCGAUCCAUUCCCGGGUCGGAAGGGUUUGGUGGAACGAACGCCGCUCAUAAAACACUCGGGCCCGAAGCAAACGCAGGAGGAGAUACAGCGAAUGCAGAACGCCGAACGAUCGAGCAGCAACUCAGAGAAUCAAGCGUUUCUGAAGGAUUUGGUGAACCAGGUGCUCGCUGGCGAGGGCGUUGGUUGGCUGAAGUUGAAUCGGUUGAAGAAGUUGAUGGAAGAUGAGUCGUAUCGAAUGUUGGUGUUGGGGAAGUUGAAUCGCACCUUGGAGCGCAAGAUUGGCCCCGAUGAUCACAUUGAUGAUGUGUGCAUAACUAAACCAAUCUACAAGGGGACGCUGAAGUGUCUGCUAGCGAUCACUCACGGGUUGGAGGCUACGUUUGGAAAUUUUGGACUCGGCGGGAUGGCAUCGGUGUUCCAGAUGAUGGAAAUCGCGCAUACCCACUUUUGGAGCAAAGAUUUGACCGAGAGUGCUGCCGAUCCCACGGCUAGUCUUCUGUCCAGUAGGUCGGUGAGUCCUAUGGGGAGUCGAGAGAACUUGCGCUCUCCUCAGAGCCCAGCCGAACCUAGCGAAUGGAACUUGGUGGCCGGUUCCCGGAAGAAUUCGUCUGUGUUGAACGAACCUGUGAUAUCGCGGCGUCCCUCGGAGCAUGACAACGACAACCAAUCGACCACGGAGAUGUUCAAGGAUAUGCUGACGCAGAAGCGCAACAUGCUGCUGAGCAAGCUGACUUCUUUCGAUUCGGAGCCCGGAGGCGUUACCCAUGGAGGAUCAUCGGGAGCCCUCUCGGUGGCCAGUGAUGUACUGCCGCAGCAUCAGUCCGGCGGAAAUUUGAUACCGUCGAUUUCUUGCCGCUCGACGGUCUCCGAUACGGAGUACGAGAAAAUUCCAAAAGGGUCAUCCACAUUAAAGGACGCGAAGAAGUUAGCCGGAGGCUUGUUUUCCGGCAAGUCUUCUCUCAGUGCUGGCUUCCGCUACACCGGGGGCAGUUUGAUACCCACCUCGAAUUCUCCGUCUCCGGAUGCACCUCGAGUAUACUUGUUUGAGGGAUUGCUAGGCCGGGAACGCUCGACCGUGUGGGAUCAGAUGCAGUUCUGGGAGGAUGCUUUCCUGGAUGCAGUCAGCCAGGAACGCGACAUGAUCGGUAUGGAUCAAGGACCCGGUGAAAUGAUGGAACGCUACAAAUCCCUUUCGGAAUCGGAGCGAAAAAGAUUGGAACACGACGAAGACCGACUGCUUUCGACAAUGCUGUAUAAUCUUACAGCGAUACUGGUUAUGCUCAACUGCAACAAACUGGAGAUAAAGCGCAAGAUCCGAAGACUCCUCGGAAAGAGCCACAUUGGAUUCAUCUACGCACAGGAAGUUAAUUUGCUACUAGACCAGAUCAACAACUUGAACGGUAACGACAUCGACCUGAAGCCGCUCGGAUCUCGACUUCUGCAUCGACAGAGCUUCACCCUUCAUCAGGGAGUCGAUGCUACCGGUCCGUUGCGCUUCAUGGAAGUUCGGGAUGACGGAUUGGUGCUGCGAUCGGUGAACGGUACAAUUGUCGAACGUUGGUGGUUCGAACGGCUGGUCAACAUGACCUAUUCACCGAAGACCCGGGUACUCUGCCUGUGGCGUCGCAACGGUGGCCAAACUCAGCUGUUCAAGUACUACACCCGAAAGUGCAAGGAGGUCUACAUCGCUAUUAAGGAGGCGAUGGAGCGGAACGGUUGCACCGGGCAGGGUCCGGAACUGGGUGGGGAGUUUCCCGUUCAGGAUCAGAACACCGGCGAGGGUGGGCUGAUGCAGAUCUGUCUGGAAGGGGUUGGCCUAUUGUUUGCCAACAGCAAGGAUUUCGAGUUUUUCAUUCGGCUGGAGCAUAUCAGGAAAUGUUUCACCCAGAAGGGUGGCGUCUUCAUCCUGGAGGAGUACAAUCCCAAAACGCGACAGCUGAUUCAGCGAAAGUUCAAAUCUGCAUUGGCCGAUGACAUUUGCUACUCGGUAUUGUGUGUCUUUUCGUACGUAGCCGCCGGGCAAGAAUGGCAGAAAAAGUACCCGGCGAUUUCGAUAGCCGGUUCGACUGGAUUGAACUCUCAGGUGCAAACACUAACGACGACAAGUGCCGCGAUGCCGCAACAGCAGCAGCAACAACAACAGCAAGUGGCUCAUCAGGCGCCUCCCUCGGCCAAGAUCAGUACCCAGCUUGUGCAACCCCCAACCCAAAACAAUCACAAAAUACAACAAACUCACCUGCCGCAGCAGGUCUCCCCGAAACUUCAAACCAUCAUCAGCAAACCAGUUCCUCAGCAGACCCAUCCGACGGCCAUUCAGCAACCAACGCAGCGUUCGCAGCAGCCUCAACAACAACAACAACAACAACAACAGCAACAGCCCGCAGUCGCGGAAAUUCCUGUGGCAACGACAACAGCACCAAUAACGCCAUCUGUGGCGCCUCAGCCCAAACAACCUCCGACGCUUCCAGCGAGACCAACUUCUUCAAACGGAUCAGCAUCCAACUCCACCUCCUCAUCAACUUCAACCUCGAAUUCAUCGGAGCCGCCCAAAAUGAAGGCACCGGUGCUGCCAUCGGCGACGGCCACUAGCGGAAGCCGGCUUCCACAGCAAUCGUCACUCCCCAAUCGCGGUCCUCCGCCGGCCAUUCCCCCACGAAUCGGUCUCGGUCAGCGGUCCGGCUCGGUUCAGAUCCCGUCCAGCUCCCCGACCGGUGGUGGCCACUUCCGGCAGCUCAAACGUCAAACUUCGGCCGCCUCGCCGCCCAAUCAAUCGCCUCCAUCGACGGCUCAGAUGAUGUACCAGCAGCGGCAGAAUAUGUUGAGGAAAAAUUAAGCGGGGAUUUUGAAAAGAAAAAUCGUUAAUCUAAGU